GAGAAUGAAUGUUGCUGCUUCAGACCAGCAUAAGCAGUAUGAUCUGUUAGUUCCUUUAUUCCUGCAUAAUAGACCAAAGACUGUUGUACAGCAUUGUAUGAGGAGAUGGGUUGACUCUGAAAAUUCCUCACUGAAUGACAUAGACCAGACGUCACCAUCUACAUUCCUUGUGAAAAGUUUCAGCGACAUCAACACCAGCUUGUAUUACGAAGUAUGUUUUGAAAAUGACGACGAAAUGCCAUCAUGUCAGUGUCUUGAUUGGUUGGAACAUCAUUUGCCAUGUAAGCACUUAAUGACAGUCUUUAGAAAUGUACUAAAUUGCAAUUGGGAUGCUCUACCAUCAGCCUACAGAGAAAGUCCAUAUAUUUGUUUGGAUGUGGAAAGUUUUCCUUUGGACUCCGAAGCCGAUCUAUCCACAACAGAUGAUAACAUUGUGGAGGUAACCAUUGGAAGUUCAGGGGACAUGGGGGAAAUAUCUGUAAGUAGCUUGCCUUUACCACCUAAGCAGCAGUUAAAGAAAGAAAGAUCAAAAAUAUGUAACUUACUGGAAAUAACGAAGGAAAGAUGCUAUGCAAGUGAAAAUUUAAAACUAUUGCAGAAGAUUUCAGCCACUUUAACAUCAUUGGCAAGUGAGCUAAGACAGGACUUGCCAAAAGAGGGAGAAUUUAUUUUAGACACCACUACAGAGUCAACCCAUAUCGGAACCAACAGUAGCAAGCAGACGGAUACAAGACGAAGUGCUGUGAGAAAAUUGUCUUUGUCAAGGAAGAGGAAAAUACCGGGCUCAGGAAGACAUGGUGUUGGAGCACAGAAAAAGAGGAAUUCACAUAUGAAGGAAGGAAUAAAUACACUCAUUGAUUUGGUGGAACCAGCAGUAGUGGAAGAAGGUGUGGAGAUCAUUUUGAUGGAGGAUGAAGACACUGUUGAAAUUUUGGACAGCCGACCUAGCCAGGAAGUAUCAUUUAAGAACAUUGACAGAGGUUGUGCCCAAAGGCCGCCUCAAGGAGACCAGUCAGAUACAGUGGAUAGAGGUGCGGCCCCAAAUCCACCACAAGAAGAUCAUCCAUUAAGAAGUGGAAGUUUAAACACUGUCAUGGAAGCUAAUCAUGAUUCUGAAAUACAGUUGAUUCAGGAAACACUAAACAUGGAGGAUAUUUGUCAGACAGAAGAUUUAUCUCAAAGUAAGCCACAAUAA